AUGCUUGUUUUUCGUUACUGGCUGAAGAAGCUUUCCUAUUGUUUUACUGAAAACUUCAAAUUUGAGCAAGGCUUUAUCAAUCCGGAUAUUCUCGAAUUAUUUUUUGGUGAUGCUCCGUUGAAAUUCCACACAAAAUAUUUUUAUCUAUACCAUAAAGAAGGCCUAGACUACUCGGUUCCUGGAGGAUUUGAAUUUAUGUACCAUCACGUCGUUAUUCAUGGACGCAAAGGCUUUCACUAUGACGAUUCUAAAUGGAAAAUGUUUGGCGAAAUGGUAAAUGAAGAGGAACGUUAUUUUCCUGGAGAGGAGGAGGAAGAGAAAGUAUUUUGUAAGGUUGUGGAAUACGAAAUGUUUCGUGUAGAUGAUCCAGAAAUAGAUGAUCUAGAUUAUAUGUAUUUAUGUUUCCGUAUUGGCUCUAAGAAAGCAUUUCAUUUCGAAAAUUUUGGUAUUAUAUAUUUAUGUAAUAGAUAA